AGCAAUACCUUCACUGCAUUUGAAUCAACCUUCCCUUGCUUGUCGUUGGUGAAGGUUUGAGUAUGGUAAAGAAGCAUGUCUAAGUUGUCGGAGCCGUUGAAGGCUUUCAUCAAUGCCGCGCACGCUCGACCGAAUACGACAACUGCUCCAAGGCACAUUGCCUCCGUCUAUGAGAAGAUAGCCAAAGAUGCAAGGUCAAAGCAAGUCGGCUUGCCGGCAUGGCUUACAGCGUCUACUGCUGUUACCAUGACCAUGAACUCGCCGCAGUCGCUACUUGAGCUGUACGGCUUGGCGACGUCUGCAAACCAGAGCAGAGGCGCGCAGAGCGGUGUUUGGACGGCCGAGCUCAUGCGUGAAGUUGGCCUGAAGUGCAUCGGUCUCAAUGGGGUACCUCGUACCAUCAACUCACUGGGAGCCUUCUUUGACGGCCUACCGAAGGACGUUCAAAGCGAGCUGAGGAAGCGAAAACCACGACGACACCUGUCUCGGCAAAGCAUAGAUGAGACUCUCAAGCGUGGCAACUGGCUUUGGAACAGCAUUUACCACCCGUUCACCGACAAGCUUACCGCCAAACUCGGACAGUCUCACCCAGAUCUACCCGUCUUCAUCAUCGAAGGCGAAUACGGCGCGCUGUUCUCCGACCCGGGAUACCCCGGCGGCAACGACCCUAACCGCCCCGAUAUCGGCCGUGUACUCAUGUCCAUCGUGGCGGUUGCUUGCUUACGAACACAAACGGGCGUGGGACCGCAAGUCGUGAGCCAUGUCUUCGGACUACGUAAAGCUUAUGAGGAUGGCAGUGCCGAGGCGGAGGAGGAGGUGCAGGGUGGUAAGUGGUUGGCUAGCAAUGAGGGCAGCCUUUGGUUGCUUGAACAGGUCGACAGUAUCAUUGAGGCGAUCGGUGGUGGGAAAGGUACUAGCUUUGCACCGGGGCUUGAUACGCCCAAGGCGAAGCUUUGAUAUAUACAGUCAAAUGUACAAGAAUUGCUGUACAGCCACUGCAACUUUCGAUGUCAGUA